UUUGGAUUCUAUUUACUUAAAAUGUUUGUAAUUGCCGAAGUCUUAGUGGAUUCUAUUUACUUAAAAUGUUUGUUUGUUUGUAAUUUUAAUUUGGAUGUAGGAGACAAUAGGUCACUUGAUCAAAUUCCUAUUGCUUGCAAAGAUGCAAUAGUAAUUUUGUUUAUGUUUGAUCUUACUAGCCGGUGUACUCUAAAUAUUGUUAUUGGAUGGUACAAUCAAGCAAGAAAGUGGAAUCAAACGGAAAUUCCUAUACUAAUCGGGACCAAAUUCGAUGAUUUUGUUCAACUUCUGCCGGAUUUGCAGUGGACAAUUGUGACCCAGUGGAGCAUGAAGUAUUGGAAAGAGAAAUUGGAAGGCUGCGAGCCUUGUGUCAGCAACAACAACAACCGUCUUCUAGUCAUAGACGCAACAAUAGUAGAGACCUUGAUUCGCAAUUCGCAAACCUCUCUUUGAAGCACAGGGAUACCAGUUCUGGCCGUGACCCACUUCACAUUUGAACAUAUGAUGUAGCUAGAGAGCUGUGACCCACCUUGAC